AUGCGUAGCCACUUCUUCCCAUUAGUUGUGCUAGCUCUACUUUCAGUUCCUGUGAAUCUAGCUCUGAACUUUUCAUUUUUUGAAGAAGCAGCAGAUGCUAGAUUCGCACCAGAAAGCUAUGAGUACAUCAUUGUUGGAGGAGGUGUUUGUGGAUGUGCACUAGCAGCAACUCUGUCGCAAAACUCCAAAGUCCUGCUCCUGGAAAGAGGCGACUCCCCGUAUGGAAAUCCCGUGUUCAUGAGAGAAGAGAAUUCUGCAUUGAGCAUUCUCGAUCAAGCUCAUUCUCAAGGAUUUCUUACCACAGAUCUGGUACCAAAUGCAAGAGCAAGAAUCCUUGGGGGAGGAAGCUCUAUAAACGGUGGCUUCAUGACUCGUGCACCAAAGUCCGAGAUCGACCGGAUCGUGGGCUUGGAUGACUACGCUCAAGUGAAUGCAUCUUAUGAGUGGCUUGAGAACGGGAUAGCGUCGCUGCCUCGGACUGGACCCUUUCAGACCGCUUACAAGAAUGCGCUGCUUCAAGCUGGUGUCACGCCCGAUAAUGGUGAAACUUACGAUCAUCUUCCAGGAACGAAGGUUGGAGGCACUCUCUUUGAUGAGAAUGGAACUCGGAGGCCUGCAUCAAACUUGCUGCCUCUCUAUGCGAAUCUGACCAACGUCCAAGUCGUGAUAAACGCUCUUGUUCAGAAGAUCAUCUUCUCAGGUGUUCAAGUCAUAGCCCGUUUAUCCGGGAAAACGUUUGCUAUUCUUCUCCGGAAUUCAUCCAAAAGUGAAGUGAUACUCACAGCAGGUGCAAUAGGCACUCCUCAGCUGCUGAUGCUAAGUGGAAUUGGUCCCAGAGACCACCUUCAAGCGAAGAACAUCGAAGUGGUGGUGGAUUCACCCGAGGUUGGAAAAAACAUUGUUGACAAUCCAUCCACCAGAGUCUACAUCCUCUCACCAUCCCCAGUUGAAGUUUCUCUUAUCCAGAGUGUGGGAAUCGAUCCUUCUGGAACGUAUUUCGAAGCGUUAAGUGGUAUACAGCACAGUCCAACCGUUGUGGUCACGCAGAAGGUUGCUAACCCUCGCUCAAGUGGAGAGAUCCGACUUUUAACUCUGAAUGCUGAUGAUAAUCCUCAAGUCACCUUUAACUACUUGAAAGACCCUGUUGAUAUGCAGACGUGCCUGUAG